AUGAAGAUUCAGAACAUCGGGGAGGAGUCCAUCCACAACAUCUGCAGUAGCCAAGUGAUAUUCACGCUGAGCAGCGUAGUAAAGGAGCUAGUGGAAAAUAGCAUAGAUGCAGAUGCGACAGAAAUAAAAAUAAAGCUAGUCGAAAAUGGGAUAAAAUUAAUACAAGUAAAUGACAAUGGAGCAGGAAUUAAAAAGUCCAAUUUUGAAAAUGUUUGCGCGAGGCAUGCUACCUCAAAGAUAACUGAAUUUGAGGAUAUACAUACCUCCUUAAAUACAUUAGGGUUCAGAGGGGAAGCAUUAAAUUCCUUGUGUAUGUUAAGCGAUCUACACAUUGUAACGAAGCAUGAUGAAAGUAGCCACGGAUAUUUGCUAAAAUUUGAUGGCCUUGGAAGGUUAAGUCAUGAAGAACCUAUAGCACGUCUAAGAGGGACAACAGUAAGUUGUGAAAAUAUUUUUAAAAAUAUUCCUAUAAGGAAAAAAGACUUUAUAAAAAAUAUAAAAUCACAACUAUCAGAUUUGCUUCUCCUGAUGCAACAGUACGCCAUUAUUUAUUCUCAUAUAAAAUUUUGCAUUCAAAAUAUCGUUACGGUGAAGGGGAAUGUGAAAAAUAUGAAUAUGCUAUUAACGAACGGAGGGAAGGAAAGUAUUAAAAAUAGUGUACAUACUAUAUAUGGGAAAAGAAACAUUGGUAAUCUCAUCGACUUCAAUAUAGACGAAGAAGAGUGGAAACUCAGAGCAUACAUAAGUGAUAACAACAGUGGAAGGAGAGAUAGAGACAUCCAAUUUUAUUACAUUAACAAUAGACCAAUACAUGUAUUAAAAAAUGUGAAUAAAAUUAUCAACUCCAUUUAUAGAGAAUUUAAUAGUAGGCUAUACCCCAUUAUUAUUUGUAAUAUCCUCUCCGACACCAAGAAUUUUGAUAUCAAUGUAACUCCAGAUAAGAGGGAAGUAUUUUUUAUUUAUGAAAAUGAAUUGUGCGAAAAGAUCAAGACUUCCUUGGUUAGUUUGCUCACCCCGAAGACUAGCCAACUUGUUGAUACGCAUAUCGGUGAUUAUUUUUUGAAGGCAAACAAUAUACAGCUUCCUAUGUUGGGGGGAUCUUCACAUGAGAGGAGAAUGUUGGGCCGAGUGAAAGAAGAAGAUGCCACUGAACAAGGGGGCUCGAUGACACAGUUGCUAGUUAGUGAGGCACCCCAGGGGGGAUUCUCCGCAAGUGAAACGAUUGGAAUUGGCGAAAAAGGGAAAAAAACAACACCUUCUUGGGAGGGUUCUUCCACUGGGGAAAGCUUCUCCGAGGGGGGAAGAGACAGUACUGGGGGAGUCAAGGAGGAGGUGCCCAUAGGACAGGAGGACCUACAAAAUAGAAGGGACACGAGUGAUCAUGUGGACCAUGUUAGGAAAAGUCCCCCUGAACAUGCGAAUAUGUGGCCUCUACAAAGACCAGAGGAUAAUGAACCAGGGAGGAGAGGGAGCUUCACAAAAAGUUUGGAACCCCAAGUGUGUGUGCAAGUGAAGGAGGAAUAUCCUGACGAAGAGUACACCCCCCCCGUUAAUUCGGGUGAUCUUUUUUUUCGCAGUCCUGUCGCUAAUAGGGGGAGUAACUCUGCAUUGCAAGUGAACAUGCCGAGCAGUUAUCAUCGCGUGGGGCGCGCACGGCAGGGUUGGCAAGUCGAAGGGUCCGUUCUGAAAAAAGGCGCUCAGGGAGACGGAUUGACGGAGGAGGAAGCACCGAGGGUUCAAGCGUACGAGUACCAGCUGGGGGACGGUUCGACGGAGGAGGGGUGCGAGAUGGAAGAUCAUCCUAGCGCACAUGCAUUCGAGUACAAGUUGGAAGAUUCCCCUAAACUGUGCGUUCAAGAGUACAAGUUGGAGGCUUCGCCCAAGUUUUUCGUUCAAGAGAAUAAGUUGGAAGAUUCCCCUAAACUGUGCGUUCAAGAGUACAAACUGGAAGAUUCCCCUAAACUGUGCGUUCAAGAGUACAAACUGGAAGAUUCCCCUAAACUAUAUGUUCAAGAGUAUAAGUUGGAGGAAUCGCCUAAGGUUCAUUCGUACCAGUGUAAAUUGGAAGGCGAAGGCGGUAGUCCCCACUACGACAUAAUGCACAGAGCUGGUGAUAACCCUGGUGAAGGAGAACUCAACCCCAAAAGCCAACCGGAAGGAGAAAAUCACAACCGUAGUGCAGACUCACCCGAUGAUGCGCUUGACUACACCUUCGAACAGUUAAAAGAAAACAUAAAAAGUAGAUGCAUUAAAAGCAUCCCCAUAGACAUCAACAUGUAUAUCAACAGGGAGCAAAUGAAGAGCGGGUUCGAUUAUGAUCAGGUCCAUGUUGUAAAUUUAACAAAUAGCGAAAAAAUAAAAAAUAUAAUUUUUCCAAAGGGGAAAGAAGAAGAGAAGGCCAACAGUUUUUUUUGCCUAACUGACAAGAAGCAGGUGAGUGAGUAUGCAGAUUUGUUUAAUGGGAGCUUGAGCAUUAAGGAAGCAGGGGGGAUGGAAAACCAGGUGAGAAGUACCUCUGGGGGAGGUUCUGGCGAAGACAUCAGCUUCAACAACAUUGAUGAACGGCAGAGGGAUUUAUAUUUUAAGUCCAACUUGUUUGAAAAACUUCAAAUUUGCGGGCAAUUCAAUAAAGGGUUUGUCAUUUCUAAAAUUGAUCUGUUGUACUUUCAAAGGGGUACUGAGGGAAAAGUGGUAGAUCCGGGAGGGUCUGGGGGGGAGGAAGCCGAACCCAAGGGGAACAGCAACUACGCCCUCUUUAUUAUAGACCAACAUGCAGCAGACGAAAAAUCCAAUUUCGAAAAAUACAACAAAAUAUUCACCAUGAAGUCACAAAAGUUGAUUAGCAAAAUCGAUUUGGAGUUGAGUCCUGCGCAAAUUUACAUCAUCGAAAAAAACUUGGAAAUAUUUUUACACAAUGGGUUUGACGUGGAAAUUGUGGAGGAGCCUGCUCAGAAGAGGAGAAGACUGAAAGCGGACGAUUCGGCCGAUGCGAUCGACCCGACGAACGUGACCGACGCGACCGACACCGGGGAAGGUGUCCUCAUGCAAGUGAAGGUAUACUUGCUGUCCCUCCCCGUGUUCAACGGGAAGAUCCUGGAGGUCGAAGACUUCAUGUCCCUCUUGCACCACUUGACAGAACACCCCAUAACGUACGAUAAGGCAAAAUUUCAAAUGUUCAUACGGAACAAGGGCCAACCCAACAAGAAGACGGACACGUGGUUUAACCACAACUUUCCACGCCCACAGAAGGUCUGGCGGAUCCUGGCUUCCAAGGCAUGCAGAAAUGCCAUCAUGGUCGGGAAACCCCUAAACGUGACCGAAAUGAUCAAGAUUAAAAAAAAGCUUAGUGUGUUGAAAAACCCGUGGAACUGCCCCCACGGCAGGCCGACCAUCAAGUAUAUCAUAAACGACAUGGAUAUAAAAAGUUGCUUCGAAAAUUACUACGUGAAGCUAUACGACGAAAUUACAAAUCUCGUUGUUACAAAGAAUUACGAUGCUUACAAGUACCUCUUCCACAACCACGCCUUCUUUUUGAUUAUGUCUACCAAGCCGAUGCUCGGCCCGCUACUAAAGUUUCAGUGA